AUGAUUGAGUUAUACUCUGUUUGUGGGGAGUGGAAACAAAACGAUAGAGGAGUAUGGGAUUUUGAAAUUGAUUCUAAAAAAGGAGGAUCUCUUAGUGAAGUAGAUGAGAAUAUCACAUAUAAAGUUUUAGCUGAGAUGGUAAUUGAAGAUUUUGGACUUGAUUGUUUAGUGAAUGAUAUCAAACUUAGCUAUAGGCUUUCUUCAAGGAUGAAUUUGAUGGUAGAAGAUUCUCCACCAAUGUAUUUGCGAAAUGAUCGUCAAGUACAGACGUUUUUCAGGAAGUUUCAAGAUGACCCUGAGUUGAAUCGUUUAUGUGUAACUCUGCCUAUUGGUUAUGGGAAUGUUGAAAGUAAUACUCUGUCAGCUACUUUCAAGAACAACCGAUGCAUUCAAGGAUUUCAUGAACCAAGUGGAAGUGGCGCCACAGUUUCUGAAUCACAUACUGAUACCUGUUCAACUGCUAAAAAAGUGAUUUAUGAUGGUAUUCCUAGAGGUUUUUCACAUGACACUCAAGGGACUGAUUAUAUACAUGAGGGGAAAUAUUUCAAAAACAAAGCAGAGUUGAGGAUGAAGAUGCGGCUGUUUGCACUUGAGUUCAAGUUUGAGUUCAGAUCUUUGUGGUCAGACAGAACGAGAUUGAUAUUGGGUUGUGUCGAUCCUAGUUGCAACUGGAAGAUGCGUGCAACGAAGCUCAAGUCAUCUGAUUUCUUUGUAGUGAUUAAGUAUAUUGGAGAACACAAUUGUGAUCCAACGUACAGGAAUGCGAACCAUAGGCAAGCCACUGCAAAACUGCUUGGUUCUUUUAUUUGCAGUCAUUUUGCAGAAAAGAAGGCUGGACUCAAGCCAAAACAGAUAAUUGAGAGAGUUAGAUUAGAUCAUGGUGUUCAUAUACAAUACAAAAAAGCUUGGAGAGCAAAAGAGGCAGCUCAGAUUUUGGUUAGAGGAACUCCUGAGGACAGUUACCACAACAUAGCAAAAUGGUUGUUCAUGGCUAAGGAAAGAAAUCCAGGAUCAGUUGUUUAUCGUGAGAUGGAUUCUGGUACUAAAUUCAAAUAUGUGUUCAUUGCAUUCGGUCCAUCGAUAAGAGGUUUUGAUUUGCUGAGAAGAGUGAUUGCAGUAGAUGGUACCUUCUUGAAGGGGAAAUUUAAAGGAACUUUAUUAGUAGCUACAGCACAAGAUGGAGAUCAUCACCUAUACCCGAUAGGCUUUGCUAUUGUUGAUUCAGAAAAUGAUAAAUCUUGGAAUUGGUUUUUUAGGUGUCUUCGUACUAUCAUACUUGAUGCCCAAGAUUUGGUGUUUGUCUCUGAUCAUGCAUCGUCCAUUGCAAAAGCACUUACAGAGUUGUAUCCAGCAUCACAUCAUGGAAUCUGCAAAUACCACCUUGGAAACAACAUCAAAGUAAGUUUCAAGGGUCAAUCAUAUUUGCCACUUGUUGAAUCUGCAGCCAUUGCUUAUACUCGUGAAGAGUUUGCUAAAAUAUUCAUCCAGAUUCAAGAUGCAAAUCCUAAGUUGGCUGAAAAUUUACAAAAGGCCGAUUUCAGAAAGUGGGCUCGUUCCUAUGCUCCUUCAAAUCGUUACAAUAUUAUGACAACAAAUGUUGUUGAAUCAUUUAAUUCGAUGUUGAAAGAACCACGAGAGUUGCCAGUUCUUUAUCUUCUUGAGACAAUCAGGUUAACUUUGACUUCGUGGUUUCAUGAGAGACGUGAAAAAGCUGCUAAACAUGACAAGCUUGUCACGCCGCAAGUAGUGAAGAAGUUGGUAUCAAGGUUCUCAGAUGCAAUGAAACUUGACGUUUUCCAAGUUGAUGAAGACGAGUUUGAGGUGAAGGACAACAUUAACAAGUUUAUUGUUCACUUGAAAAACAUGCAUUGCAGUUGCUGUGUUUUUGACAUCGACAAAAUUCCGUGCAUUCACGCCAUUGCUGCUGCGAAGCGUUCAAAUAGGGAUGAAAAUAAGUUGGGAAUGCAUUUCUGCAUCACUAUUUCUUAA